AUGGCUGGUACUGUUGCAGUCCUAAAGACGAGCCCUGUUCGUGUCGGUGGACAGUUGGACGAGUCUCGAGCUUAUUUUCACAGACUAUUCUGGACGUUUCCACCGUGUAUCGAGGAAUUCCGUCAUUGCAAGCCCCUAAUUAGUAUUGACAGCACCCAUCUGUAUGGCAAGUAUGGGGGAAUGUUGCUUGUCGCGAUUGCACAGGACGGGAACUCCAACAUACUCCAUGUUGCAUUCGCAUUAGUCGAGGGUGAGAACGCUGAGUCGUGGUCCUUCUUUCUCUCCCACCUGCGUCAGCAUGUGACACCGCAGCCGGGUCUGCUGGUUAUCUCGGACAGGCAUAACGGCAUCAAGGCCGCGCUUGAGGGCAAAGACGCAAGGAGGCUACUUGUGAAUGCGGCGUACGCUAAGACCGAGGUCGAGUUCCAUUACUGGUUUGAUAUUCUUAGGUUCGAAGACCCGGCGAUGUGUGAUUGGGCGAACCGGAUUGAGUAUUCGUUGUGGACACAGCAUUGUGAUGAGGGGCGUAGAUUCGGACACAUGACGACGAAUAUAUCUGAGUGUGUGAACUCGAUCCUCAAGGGUGUACGAAACCUACCUGUGUGCUCGCUAGUGAAGGCAGCAUACGGAAGGUUGGCCGAAUUAUUUGUUCGCAAAGGGAUAGAGGCUGAGGCGCAGAUGGAAACCGGACAACAAUUUAGUCAGCACUUGGUGAAGUGUAUAGAGGCCAACUUGAAGACGGCUAGGUGCUUCACCGUUACUGUGUAUGACAGAGAUAACUCCGAGUUCACCGUCGCAGAGACAACUCCGACUGAUUCUUUCUCACUAUGUAGCUACAGAGUCUCGCUUGCAUCUCAGACAUGUGACUGUGGAUACUUCCAGGCUCUUCAUUUCCCGUGUCCCCACGCACUGGCAUGCUGUGCCUACUCACGGCUUACAUGGGAGCCUUACGUCCACCACGUGUAUCGUCUUAGUUCGGUCUUCAGUGUGUAUCGGAUGGGUUUCACACCUCCCAUUCCGGAGGAUUUCUGGCCACCAUAUGACGGGCCGACUGUCAUCCCUGACCCCAAUAAGAGGCGUGCGAGAGAGGGUCGGCCGAGGUCCACUAGGAUACGGGCCAAUAUGGACGAGGCAGAUCCGAACUGGCCAAAGAGGUGUGGGCUUUGUCGGUAG